AUGGCCUACCCGUUGACCAUGCCGCCGCGCUUCCAGAUUGAACUCGAUCGGACAGAUCCUGAUGUUCCCUUCCGCGCCUCCCAGACCCACAUUCACCACACUUGGGCCCGCACCUUUCACUCCCGCCCCGAGCUCUACAUCCGCCCACAGUCCCUUGCGGAGAUACAGAAAGUAGUGACGCUCGCCCGGCGGAUGCGGCGGCGUGUCGUGACGGUGGGAUGUGGACAUUCACCUUCAGACCUGACCUGCACCUCGGCAUGGUUGGUCAAUCUCGAUGACUUCAAGGAAGUCGUGAAUGUGGACAAGACGCGUAAGACUAUGACUGUCCAGGCGGGGAUUCGCAUGCACAAUCUCAACCUCCAGGCGAAAGAGCAUGGCUUUACAAUGCCAAAUCUGGGCUCCAUCGAUGUCCAAUCCCUCGCUGGCGCUAUUGGCACUGCAACACACGGGAGUUCAAUGAGCCACGGGCUGCUGUCCGAUAACGUCCAAUCGCUGCGCAUUGUGCUUGCCAAUGGCCAGGCUGUUCGCUGUUCCGCCGAGGAGUCUCCCGAUCUCUUUCGCGCCGCCCUCGUCUCUCUCGGCGCCCUGGGCAUCGUCGUCGAGAUUGAAUUCCAAAUGGUAGAGGCCAGCGAUAUUGAGUGGACUCAAACUAUCCGCCCGAUUGAGGACAUCUUCGCCGCCUGGAACAAAGAUCUGUGGACAAGUCACGAGUUCGUCCGAGUAUGGUGGCUACCGUAUAUGCGACGCGCCGUCGUUUGGCGGGCAAAUAAAACCUCGAAACCCCAUCGCAAACCGGAUAACAACUGGUUCGGCGGAAGUGUCGGAUAUCACACAUAUCAUAUUCUACUUUGGGUGUCGCAAUAUGUUCCUAGGAUACUACCGUGGGUAGAGUGGUUCGUCUUCGGUAUGCAAUAUGGAUUUACUCCCGGCACAGCCAUCUCUGGUGUCGGCGAACAACGCACCGAACUGCUCAUGAAUUGCCUUUACUCUCAAUUUGUCGACGAAUGGAGUAUUCCCCUUGCCGACGGACCCGAAGCACUCACCCGCCUCACCGACUGGCUGCAUGGUGAUGAAACGUCCUCGGGUCUACCUUUCAGCACCAAGAACCUCUACGUCCACUCCCCUAUCGAGGUUCGCGUCGCAAACACGGUUAACAGAGAGCCAAGACCCUUUCUUGACACAAGCUUCCCAGACACACCAAGUCUCUACCUUAACGCCACCCUCUACCGUCCUUAUGGCCAAGACCCAGUUUGCCGCGAAAGAUACUACGAGGCCUUUGAACACCUAAUGAAAUCCUACAACGGCCGGCCCCACUGGGCGAAGAACUUCGAGCAUGUAGACUACAAAUACCUCUCCUCUGUGUACGGCGACGACCUCGCCGCAUACAACAAGGUCCGCAGCGACGUUGAUCCUGAAGGCAUGUUCCUGGGUGCUUGGCACCGCCGCACAAUCCUCCCCGGCCGGACAGAGUGUCCUGUUCUCCCGCUCGAGGAGAAAGAAGUCGUUAGACGAGAACGCAGGGGCGGGGGUGUCGAUUGGAUCGGCGAGCAAGCGCGAUGGUGGGACGGUGGCGCCGAUGUAUUUGAGACGAAAGGGGCUGAGACAUCGGAGGCUGCGACAAGUGUUGCGGUCAGCGAGAGUCAUAGUGAGAGCGGUGAGAGCUUUGACGUCGUGGAUGGGACGAAGAGUGUGUUGUUGGAGGGGAGGGAUGGGGAGCGCGUGGAGAGGAGGGUCAAGGAGGGGAGUGAGAGUUUUGUGCUUACGGGUGAGAGUGUGUUUGGGAAGAUGUAG